AUGUUUUCGGCCCAGUCUAUGCUUAAGUCCGCGGUCCGAUGUGGAGGUGACGUCGAUGAAGGUGGAGAUGGUGAUGGUGAUGGUGAUGGUGAUGGUGAUGGUGAUGGUGAUGUUGAGAUUGAUAUAGAUAUCGAUAUCGAUAGAGACAUAGGCAGCACCACGACGACGACGACGACGUCCACUAUCACCACCAUCACCACCAUCACCACCAUCACCACCAUUACCCCCAUCGCAUGCUCCCGUCGUCCCCCCAGCGCCUCAAUAACCGCUUUCCUUAUGCCCAAUAUGAGUGCGUCAGAGGCAUCGUCCCCCGUCGGCCAUCAUUUGGAUGAUCGGCAUCGCUAUCGGGAUCACGAGAGUGGAGGCGAAGAAGAUGAUGGAAAGCUGAACCUAAAGCCCGAUGAAAUCCGAGUUGUCACCAGCAAUGCCCAUCACCAUGAGGCCAAUGCCGGCGUCCUGGUUGAUCCCAACCCCGGCUUCUCGCUGUACGAGAAGAAGUCCCUCAUGAUCAACGAGGAGUUCAACGCCAUGGGCAUGGGCAAGUAUCAGUGGUUCAUCUGGACCCUCUGCGGCCUGGGCUACUUCCUCGAUCUGUUGUGGGCGCAGGCGUUCGGCCUGAUCGCCACUCCGCUGCAGCAGGAGCUGGGAUUCAGCAGUGGGGAGCUCGGAAACAUCUUCACGGCUUUCAACGCGGGCUUGUGUGCCGGGGCCUUUGUCUGGGGUAUCCUCGUGGAUAUCAUCGGCCGGAAGUGGGCCUUCAACGGCACCGUGCUCAUCUCGUGUAUCUUUGGAUUGUGUCUAGGCGCUCCGAGUAGCUAUAGCGCUAUCCUGGUCCUGACGGCCUUCAACGGCUUCGGGAUCGGGGGCAACAUCCCCAUCGACACGACCAUCUGCUUGGAGUUCCUCCCUCAGAACCGACGCUUUCUCCUGGCCAUGCUGUCCGUCUUUCAGCCCCUCGGCGUGGUCGUGUGCAGCGGCAUUGCGUAUGCCUUCGUCCCGAGGUAUGCAUGCGAAGUCGGGAUCCCGUCCUGCAAGUCAGCCACCCGGUCACCAGACGAAGCCUGUUGCAGCAGGGCUGAUAACAUGGGAUGGCGCUACCUGAUGUUCACCCUGGGGGGGAUCUCGCUUUUCAUCUUCCUCCUGCGCUACGUCAUCUUCACAUUCCAAGAGUCCCCCAAGUACCUGAUCGGCCGCGGCCGAGACGAAGAAGCCAUCAAGGUGCUGCAUAGCAUUGCCAAGGUCAACAAGCACAAGUGCCGCGUGCGCAUGGAAGACUUUCGUGCUUUGGAAAUGGGCCACAUCGAGUCGCCCGUGGCCGCCAAAUUCGACGCCGGGCAGAUGACCAACACGACGUUCCUGCACCAGCUCAAGAAUGAAGUCCCGCGACUGAAGAUGCUCUUCGCGACGCCGGCGCUGGUACGACUCACGAUCCUGGUGUGGAUCAUCUACGCCUUCGACUACUGGGCCUUCUCGAUCGCGGGAUCUUUCCUGCCGACCAUCCUGCUGCGCAAGAACACCGCCAUCGAGGUGUCGGUGGCCGAUACGUACCGCGACUACGUGAUCAUCUACCUGCCCGGCAUCGUCGGGGUGGCCCUGGGAUCGCUGAUGGUCUAUGUCCCGCGGAUUGGCAGAAAGUGGGCCAUGGUCAUCGCGUCGGCGCUGAUGGCCGUCUCGCUCUUUCUCUUUACCACGGUCAACACGCAGGCGGCGAACAUUGGAUUCAACCUCAUGGAAUAUUUCUUCCAGUCGAUGUUCAACGCAGUCCUGUAUGGCUGGACGCCCGAGGCGUUCCCGGCCCCGGUGCGGGGCACCGCGUCGGGGAUCGCCAGCUUCUUCGGUCGUCUGUUCAGCAUUGUCAGCCCGCUGAUCGCGGCGCACCUGCUGAAGACGAGUUUGAACGGGCCUCUGUAUCUGGCCGGGAGCGGUGCAUUGGUGUGUGUGGUGGCUGUCAUUUGCUUGCCUAAUUCAACGAUGGGAGGGCAGUCUACGUAG